UAGCCUCUGCGCCUGUUAUGGAGAAACCACCGCAAAAUGUGACCGCAUUGGAUGGCAAGGACGCGACUAUUUGGUGCCGGGCAGUUGGGGCGCCAAAUCCGAACAUCACAUGGAUUUACAACGAAACACAACUUGUUGAAAUAUCCAGUCGUAUGCAAAUUCUGGAAUCUGGAGACUUAUUAAUGUCGAAUGUACGUGAAACGGAUGCUGGCCUGUAUACAUGCGUGCGUUCAAAUGAGGCGGGCACGGUUAAUGGCGAGGCAUAUCUAAGCGUUUUGGUUCGCACACAAAUCAUCCAGCCACCGGUUGACACCACCGUCCUAUUGGGCCUCAAUGCGACGCUGCAAUGCAAAGUUUCCAGUGAUCCAACCGUGCCGUACAAUGUCGACUGGUAUCGCGAAGGUCAUCCGACAGCAAUCAGUAACUCGCAACGUAUCGGCGUACAAUCGGAUGGCACACUCGAGAUUCAGGCGGUGCGCGCCUCUGAUGUGGGCACCUACCAGUGUGUGGUGACAUCGCCAGGCGGCAAUGAGACGCGUUCGGCGCGUUUAAGUGUCAUCGAGCUGCCAUUCCCGCCGAGCAAUGUGAAAGUUGUGCGCUUAGAUGCACCCAACCAAAGAACCAUCAACGCUUCAUGGACGCCCGGCUUCGAUGGCAAUAGUCCAAUACUUAAGUUUAUUGUGCAGCGGCGUGAAGUCUCCGAACUAGGUAAGUGCAUGAACAUACUGCAUACCAGACAGUGGGUGUAUGUACAUUAGGGUGGUGCAAAAAAAAUAAGGUCAGAAUUUUAAGCUCCCAUCCCCUGGGAUUGUUCUGUACCGAAAAAAGUAUACCCUUAUUUUUUAUUUUGAAAUCAAAAAAUAUUUAGAGGUCGCUCAAAGCGCUCAAAG